AGCCUUUGACUGUUUAUGGCGAUGGUAAGCAGACCCGGAGCUUCCAGUUUGUCUCUGAUCUGGUGGAGGGGCUGAUGAGGUUGAUGGAAGGAGAACAUGUUGGCCCAUUUAACCUUGGUAACCCCGGUGAAUUCACCAUGCUUGAGCUCGCUAAGGUGGUCCAAGAGACUACAGACCCGAACGCAAAGAUAGAGUUUAGACCAAACACGGAGGAUGACCCACACAAGAGGAAACCAGACAUAACAAAGGCCAAAGAGCUUCUUGGUUGGGAACCAAAGGUGGCUCUCCGCCAAGGACUCCCACUUAUGGUCAAAGAUUUCCGUCAGCGUGUCUUUGGCGACCAAAAUCAGGAGGCCACUUCUUCAUCAACAGAAUAAGUAGCCCCCGGUCUAAGCUCUUUUAUAACUCCAUGACCGCUGCAGCAGCAGGAAUCUCGUAGAGACAGGAUCUUCAUUUUUUUAUUUACCCUUCCCUUUUUUGUUUUAUGUUUUAUUGCCGUUUUGCUACUCCCCGUGUGUUAAUGUAGUUGAGACACCGAUUUUUAUACAUUUGUUAUUUUUA